UUUUGCCGUCUAAAAUGAGUUGCCAACGAGUACAAAUAGACACGAAACUGUUACCCAAUAUCGGCCUUGACCAUAGAACAAGUUUUCAAUCCCAUUCAUCAUUACUUUUAGAAACGAGUUUUAGCUAGCCCGUGUUAGUGUACUUUAUCUAUCGUUGGACCCGCCACGAGACAGUGUUCCUGUUCCGCUCCACCGUAUUCCUUGCCAGCACCCCCCUCUGUACUGCCACAACGAAGGGAGUGACUUUCAUCUUUACAAUCAUCAAAUAUUGACCAGCACAAAGCACGCUGGCAAUGAUUAGCUAAAACGAGACGGGCCGCGUAAAAAGGCACACCAGCACACAACCCGCAAAUCACGAUGACCGUAACUGAUACCAUUGCGUCCUCCUCGGAAUAUUCGUUGCCGGUCCGCCGUUCCGAGCGUGUGUGCAUUGGAGCAGCCGCGAAGAUUUCGCUGUGAUCAUUGCCUCCCCGUUUGUCUCGUGGUGGUUAAGUGUUUCGGCGCAAGCUCGCUGCAAAGGAACGCGGAACAGUCGACGUAGCGGCUAGCGGCCACCAAACUGGUUUCGGUUUUCGGGCCCCACAAAAAAAGAAAUAGAGAAAAAGGUAAAAGCUGCUUCAAGAAACAAAGCGAGCAGCAGAAGGGAAAGGUGUCCAAGGUGUUGGCAUUCGAGUUGCGGUUUUCUUACCCCGGUCUCUCAUUCCAUCGGCACGAACGUAGUGUGACAGGUGCGUGCCGGAGCCGACCAGCGCGAGUAGAUAAACGCUGAACUUGAUAUUGAAACGCCUGCCGCGAUCAUUGCGAGGUCCGAAAGUUCGAAGCGCAGCAGUAUUACUAGAAGCGGUGCAAAAGUGAUUUAACUCCACCUCUGGCCAACCAAGGGCCAGGAAGAAGAUACGUUAUUUCUCUUACUAUACGGAGUACACGGUGUCAGCGGCCACGAUGGUUAACAUGAAGGCCGCCCUGGCCAUAGUGAUGGUGUUCGUCGGUUGCUGUAGCAACGUGGUGUUUCUCGAGCUGCUGGUUAAGAUUGAUCCCGGCUCUGGCAACCUCAUUACCUUCCUACAGUUUCUGCUGAUCGCGCUCGAGGGUUUCCUGUUCACGUCGAAAUGCGGCACGGUGCGGCCUCGGAUCGGGCUGAAGGACUACACCAUCCUUGUGGUGAUGUUUUUCGUCGCCAGCGUGUGCAACAACUACGCGUUCGACUUCAACAUUCCCAUGCCGCUGCACAUGAUCUUCCGCGCCGGCUCGCUGAUCGCGAACAUGGUCAUGGGCAUACUGAUUCUGAAGAAGCGCUACGAUUUCUCCAAGUACCUCUCCGUCGGCAUGAUCACGCUCGGUAUCGUCAUCUGCACGAUCGUGUCCGGCACGAAGGUCCAGAGCACGCAGGUGCUGAAGAACGCCGCCGACGAGGACCCGGUGGCGGUGUUCUUCUGGUGGACACUCGGUAUCGCCCUUCUGACACUGGCGCUCUUCGUGUCCGCCCGGAUGGGCCUGUACCAGGAGGUGCUCUACAAGCGGUACGGCAAGUAUCCGAAGGAGGCCCUCUUCUACACGCACCUGUUGCCCCUGCCCUUCUUUGCGCUGCUCGCCGGCAAUAUCUGGGAACACAUUCAGCUGGCUAAUGCCAGCGAACCGCACCAUAUCGCCGCACUGGGCGUUUCCGUGCCCAUCACCUGGCUGUACCUGUUGGGCAACGUGCUGACGCAGUACGUGUGCAUCAGCUCCGUGUACGUGCUGACGACCGAGUGCUCCUCGCUGACGGUGACGCUCGUCGUGACGCUGCGCAAGUUCGUCUCGCUGCUGUUCUCGAUCGUGUACUUCAGCAAUCCGUUCACCGUGCAGCACUGGAUCGGCACGCUGCUGGUGUUCGUCGGUACGAUCAUCUUCACCGAGGUGGUGGGUAAGGUGCGGACAGCCCUCAGUCCCGCCGUCACCACCGAGAAGCAGAAGAAAGUGAACUGAAUCUUUCGCGAGGUGCCGGUUUGCUAUAAAACCAUUAGAUUUGUGUAGCGAGUGUUCCUACCUUCAAAGACUCGACGACGAAUUUUAAGCUUCAGCUCCGACUGCGCGGAAAGAAAAUACAAAGUGUGUGUGUUUAUGACAAAAGUCGAGUUCAAGGUGUUAAAAGUUGUUAGGGCCUAACUCAGACCGGUAGCUAGACUAGUUUAGUUUGUAAACUGGAUACUUUCACUUCCUUCAGUAUUUUUGGAGAAGGUAGAGGAGAGUCAUCGAUAAGACGUGUUUGUGCAGGAUGCGUACAUGUGACACCUUACGAACCCAAUCGACACGUGUGCUGCUCUGAAACGAUCAAAUCAAUCCAGAGAGAUGCCCGUUAAGUAUACAAUUGAUUACAUUUGGAGAAAGAUUUCGCGUGCAAUUAAGAGAAAGAUAAGCGAUGGUGAAUUUUGUGUAAAUUACGAUAUUUUUUUAAAUUAGAGAUCGACGCAACGUUUGGCUUGUUCAGCUUUUUUUUUUAAAUUGACCUUUUUCUUUACAAUAAAUAAACAUGAAAA